GAAAGAAGACGACGAGGAGGAGACAGAAGAUCUGAUUAAGACCAGAGAGAAAUCAGACUCUCACUCUGACAGCGAAAAGAGUCCUUCAGGGGGACCAGACCCAGUGACACCCAAACCAGCGAGACGACACCACUGCUCCCAAUGUGAAAAGAGAUUUUCCCUAUCAUGGGACCUAAAACGGCAUGAGAGGAUACACACAGGAGAAAGGCCUUUCCAAUGUUCCCAGUGUGGAAAGAGUUUUACUUUGUUAGGAAACCUGAGGGAGCAUAAGAGAAUACACUCUGGAGAGAAACCGUACAACUGUUCCCAGUGUGGAAAGAGUUUCGCCUGGUUAAGGAGCCUGAAGGAGCAUGAGAGGAUACACACAGGGGAAAAGCAUUUCCAAUGUUCCCAUUGUGGAAAGCGUCUUAACCGCUUAAGGAGCCUGAAGGAGCAUGAGAGGAUACACACAGGGGAAAAGCCUUUCCAAUGUUCCCAGUGUGGAAAUAGUUUUACCUGCUUAGGGAGCCUGAAGGCACAUGAAAGGAUACACACAAGGGAAAAGCCUUUUCAAUGUUCUCUGUGUGGAAAGCGGUUUACCCAGUUUGGGACCCUAAAAGAGCAUGAGACAACACACACAAAAGAAAAGCCCUACCAAUGCUCCCUGUGUGGAAAGAGUUUUAUCAAUUUAAGACGUCUGAAUAAGCAUGCAAUAAUACAUACACAGGAGGAGAAGACAUACCGCUGCUCUCAUUGUGGAAAGACAUUUUCCCGGUCAGAGGACCUGAAAUCACAUGAGAGAAUAGAGAGGCUGUGUUCCGACUUAUGUUUUUGACCUGAGAAUUUAGGUUUUUGUUUCUGCCAAAUGAAAUCAUUAACAAACUAGACCUACUUUUGUUUUAGUUUUCAUCUGGAGAUGAUAAAUACUAUACAAUGUGUUUGAUUAUGAACUUUAAUCCAUUGCAUACAAGUAUAAACCCUCUAAUAUUGUUCAUUAUAUAUUUGGGAUAUUGCUAAAUGUUAAUUACUUUAUAGAUGAAUGGAGUUUUGGAUUUCUUGAUUCUAAUCUUAAACCUCUUGAAUUUGAUUUGAUCUGGCUUUCACUAAAUGAAUUUGAAUACAUGAUUUAGAUAUUGAAUAGAUUAAUAGAAUGUGCAUUUCUUGAAUUUAGUUGUUUUGUUUCAUUGAGUUAAUUUGUGUAUUAGUCGUCAAGCUAAAGGACUAUGAAAAUGUGAUGCUGUUUUUAUAAUAAAGUUGUUGACA